AGCUACACCUCUCUCACUCUCCGUCUCUUCUCAUCCAACGAUUGCCGCUCUGCAUCGCUUGCUCACCACUCACCAUCUUUGUACAGGCAGUAUCGGAACGUUAUUUGAUACCAGUGAUCUACACCUACAAGACAUCUGGCGGUGCAGGCACAGACGACCUUCAGCGUGGCUCAGCCUUAUCCGCAUGCUCUCUACCAGCACUUUUUUCUAGACUGGUAGAGGUGUCAUUCUGGCUAUUUUAGCAUAUAUCUUUCCUCCGUGUACAAGAUGGAUCAAUCUAUCUUCAGAAUCACCAAGGAGCUGAGCGACAUUCAGAAAAACCCAGAUCUAUCACUGGCGGUUGCUUGUCGAGAUGUCGACGUUCGUAAUGUAAAGGCCUUGAUUGUCGGCCCGCACGAAACACCGUACGAAUUUGGCUUCUUCGAGUUUUCGAUAAAAUUUGGGAAUGCGUACCCCUCGGAGCCACCAGCCGUACAGUGUAUCACGACGAAUAACGGUUCCUGUCGUUUCAAUCCCAAUAUCUAUGCGGAUGGUAAAGUUUGUCUGUCAAUUUUAGGAACUUGGCGUGCCGAAGCAGGAGAGCAAUGGUCCUCUGCACAAGGCCUCGAAUCGAUUUUACUCUCCAUUCAAAGUCUGAUGUCGUCCCAGCCUUACACAAACGAGCCCGGCUUUGAAACUCUCAAAGGACCAGACUGCGAAAAGAAUAGCCAAGAGUAUACACGCAAGAUUCGCCAUGAAACACUACGAAUAUCAGUUAUCCAGCGACUUGAGGGUUACUUGAAUAUGAGAUCCGACGGUCAGCCUAUACAACCUGUUUAUCAACACGACAGCGAUAUAGGAUCGUCAGACGAAGAAGAUUUCACCUUUGAGCCUUUCAAGGACCUCUGCAAACGACGCUUCCUGUGGUACUACGAUUGUUAUCUCGCUACAAUCCAGGAAGGCAAACAGCAUGCGACAGAUAAUCAACAAUUCAAGCGAGCUCCUUUCGAAUCAUCGGGUAACAUGAUGCCAGGAUGUUAUAACUAUUCCUCCCUGGAGCAGCGAUUGCACCGAAUCAAAGUUGCAUUAGACAAAGAGGCCGAACAAUGGGCCAUCGACGGUCUUGAAGAACAGCGUAAAGAAACAACAGUCUCGGUGAAUCUUCAAUAUCAAUUCGACCAUAUAAACGACCUGCUGAAGACAAGCAACGACUCUUACAGCAUUGCCUUGGAAAAUAAGAACCCUUUUGUUUGGUUGAUAAGCUACUUUGGUCCUGCACUGGAGGGCGAUGUUAUAGCCAUCAAAAUGACAUUUAGUCCACGUUUUCCAACAGAACAACCACGCGUGCAAUUUGAAAACAGAAUUUUUCACCAGCGUGUAUCCUCUCAAGGCGUGCCUUGUUACAUCCCAAACUCUAUGAAGGUGGAGGAUGCCAAAUCGCACGUCGAUGCUAUUGUCGGAAUUCUGGAAGAGACUGCCCCUACCUAUGAUCCACGAAAGAUUGUAAAUCCAGAGGCAACAAAGCUGUACUGGGGUUCUGGUACUGAUGGGCGAAGGGCUUAUAAUCGUCGUCUCCGAAGAUCCAUUCAAGACAGCAUGCAGUAGCGGGUCUAGUGGCGAGCACGACUACGGGGCAGCAGGUCAAUGGUAUUAACACAGUCCAAACAUAUGAAGGGACAGGGCGCUUUACUAGCUGUAGCACUUGGGGGGCGGAGACGAGAUAGGAUUGUUCAAUCACGACCAUUACUCAUAAAGUCAUUAGCUAUUCUAAUUCUACCAGCAGAGGCCGGUUGCUGCAUGCUGUGUCUGCAGUAUCAUUUCAUUUCAUUUCAUGGAUCAUAAUAUAUCAUCUACUUUUUUCCUUUUGAUUUGCCAUCGAUCUUGUCUCGCCCUGGCGCGUAUGGCGCAGCGACCCCAAUGUAUCGCUCUGCACGAGGCUGAUUCGAUACACCAGCUGCUUCUCCACGAAACUCAAAAACACCACCCGGACCAGUGACUGCAGGGCUGCCUUGUACUGGUCUGUCUAUUUGCUCGGCGUGUAACUUAUCCAAAGACUCACCAACAACAGCAUACUGUGACCAAUUUAUCGGCGGGCAUCUGACAAUAUCCUGUGGCUUGGGUAGACUAGCCCAUGAACGCUGGGCAGCCUGUGACGGAUCGGCUUCAUCAUCGUCCAAGUUUGAUGAUACUUGAGAUUGCGGCGCAUUUACCUUGCCAGCAACAAGAUCGCUGACAAAUGCUUCAGGAUCGCGGACUGCAUCAUCCUUUGCCCGACUUAGAGCCUGAAUGUCUGCCGUAGCUCGUUGGCGCUGGACUUGCAACACGGAGAUGGCUGACUUUAGAGCUAUAGCAUCUGGAUUUGCCGAGAAAUCUAUAGGCUCAGGAGCUGGGGGUAGGGUAGAUGAUGCUUGAGCAGGAUGUGUCGUAUGCGUAAAGCCCUGACGUGGUGGCAGCGUAGACGCAGACGGCGCAUCGCCGGGGAGUUUUGUGGCGGCAAGUGGCGGAGUUAUUGGUGAUAUAGGAGGGCGUACAGGCGAUGCUGAGCGGUUUGAAGACUGUGGUAACGCGUCUGUCUUGACUGUAAGAGCGGGCAUUUUGAAAAUGAUUGCGCUGAUGCCGGGUAGCGCGUCUUGACGAUGAUGUAAGGCGAAGGUGGCGAGGGGUUGCGCGGUGGCGGGGUAAGUGAUCUAGGUGGCGUCUUGGCUUGGAUGAUCAGUUAUUUAUAGAUGUUAAAUUUUUUAUUGAUGGAGUUGUGAUGCUGGCUUUGCGUUUUCCUGGUUUGUGUGAAGAAUGUUGCAAAAAGCAGCAGGAUUCGACGUUGCGACGAAAGAAUUCACGCCGCUCUGUUUCGGCUAGCGACGACGCUAAAAUGCUGGUGGCGGUGGAUCCCCAACGUUUGGCGGGCAACUUGGCGUCUUCACCAACAACGUAGGCAACGGUGGCGCUCUGUAUUCACAACUACAGCAACAAAGUUUUAUUUCGAAAAUGAUUGUAUAUGGCACGACUCAGGCUAUGCUAGUAAAACUGAACUAGUUGGCAAACUGUGGUCUCUCAUUACCUACGACACCGUUGCUGACAAACCCGAUUCCGUUGACCUGGCCAUUACCACCAGCCUGCAUCACAUUCUGGUAGUUGUUCGCCAUGAGCUGAACGCCGCUGCUGAAGCCUUUUCCAUCAAAUGCACAGUGUCCUCCGUUGGGAGCGUUAUUGAGGGUCUGUAGCGAGUUGAUCUGUUGGUUGUUAAGCCCAGCUUUACCAGCAGCUUGCUCGUAAGCCAUAGCUGCUCGGGGAAUGUCUCGCUGUAGAGAGCGUAGCUCUCGCGACGUGGACUGAAAAUGGAUACGUGUGUUUGCCAUGGCAGCUGCAGCUUCUGGAGAAAAGUUCACUUGGGGCGGCAAGGCACCGCAGUUCAGCAUGACGCCCGUGUUGGGGUAGUUUCCCAUAUGGGCGGGCAUGAAGAAGCCAGACAAGGUGAGAGAGCCACCACUGACGCCAGUAAAGAAGACAUUGGACUUGUCAAAAGCAACCAUUUGGGGAAGUUCCUGUUGAAUAAGGUCGUUGACGGCUUGAGAGUGAGCAACUCCGUCGGGACGGGUCACGCCAUUUCUGUCUGCGCCUCCCCAUUUGCGGUUCUUGUCGGGCGAGAGCACAGCAACGCCCAUCAAGCCGCCUUUGACGCCUUGGUUUGGGAAGGCAAAGAAGGAUUGGCCGCCAUCACCAUGAAGAAGAACAUUGAUGCCAUUGUUUCCACCGGAGUUGGGCGCCGAGUUACCUCCUUGGACGCCGGACUGAGCCGUGAAUUGAUCGGCGGGAGCACUGAUUCUGUAUCGGAUAGGCAGUCCACUAGAAUUGCCGUUAGGAAACGUUAUGUUUAUAUCAUCAGGCAUACUAUGCUUACUUGAUUUGCACGGUCUUGUCGAGAAUCAUGGAGCCGUCUGUUGCUUGGAAUAUGCGUGCGCCGCCUUGCCCGCUAGUCUGUCCAUUGUUGUUACCAUUGCCGUUGUUGUUGUUGUUCCGGUUGUUCCCAUUAUUAUUGUUGUUGUUGCCGUUGUUCUGGUUAUUUCCAUUGUUGUCAUUGCCAUUCGCAUUGUUGUUGACCUUGCGAUUGUUGAAAAAUCCGUUGAAAAAGUUCUUGUUAAACUGAGAUGAGGCCUCGACCAUGGAGAAGCAGAACAAGGCCAACGCCAGGAGGGCCCAUACUGUUCGGAGUCUUGCCCGAGCCAUGAUGGUUCAUUAAUUUGGAAAUCGCUGAGUGAUGAAAGAAAGGACCCUAUAAUUUUUGCGAAAAUAGAUGAAGAAAAGUCGAUAAAAAUGGCAACGCUAUUACGCCAACGAAAAUGAAGAGACUAAGGAAAAACGAAAGACGGACCAGCCGAUACCAUGGAGAGACUGGCUCGGAUGGUGUCGGCGGGAAGUAGUAUGAUUUUAAGCUCGCUAAAUAAGCACAAGUUUCAGAAUUCCGACGAUCAUGCUAGACGACUCAAAUCGUCGUGCACAUUGUCGCGUUUUGAAAAGGUUCGUUUAAGCCAAGUUAGGGGCGCAUUAUACGUCUGAAACAACUGGGCCACAUCGCAGAUAUAAGACGCCCCCUUUGCAAUGCCCCGGGAACAGUCUUGCCCGAACUAAGAGAUUCUAUUGACUAAACGUCUAUUUUUGAAACCUAUUGCUGCUACCUUUACAGCCUCAUGCGCCAGCAUCUUGCCCCGGGAACCUGGCCGCCGUGAGCUUGCCAUGCACAUUGCUUGGGGCUGCUGCAUCACGUACAGCUGACCCCGGACAUAGCGCCAAACAUCAAAAUAGCUGUUUCCGCCAAUGUUACCCAACAGUAACGGCAACGUUCCAUCAGAGUCUGCCCUAAGUUAUACUUAACAACAUUAACAAUGUUGCGCAUCUUCUCCUCAUGGCGGAAUUUCAAAAGAAGACGAGCCCGAUAUUAAUCCUAAUGGCCGCCUCAUUAAACCUAAACUGAGGUGAAAACCAUUGUGACCGACAUACAAGUACUCACUUACCUUAUAUGUGAGACUGUGGUUCCGUGCCUUGCCGUGGGACUACAAUGCAACCCUACCAACUGGCGAAUCAGCAAGCGAUUGGGACGGCACAAAGUUCAGCCAGUAUUAUGCUGACCCUUUAGCGGAGGCAACCAUAACAAUGUUUUAUGAAACAAUGGGUACAAAUUAUACGCUCACAGCAUGGAAGCACAGGUUACUGUCUAGUGAAGGAGCGGAGAAGUAAAGGUACGAAAAAGUCAUUAAACGAUUUUGGGGUAUUAUCUAUAUACGGAUUCCAAUAAUUUAAACCUUAAGCGUUGUAGCUGCAGGUAACAGUGUUUGUCUUGACAGAGCAAGAGGUCUUGGCCUUGCCCUUGGAGUCAGUCAAGGUGAUAAUCUCGCCCUUGUCGGGGCCGACUGUGCCAUCAGAACCACCAGAAGCAGAGGCGCCGGUGAAGCUGACGGUUCCAAAGUUAACCAGAGGCUUGAUCUUGCCGCUGUUAUCGUCGUCGUAAUCCUCAAGAAUCCAGUCUGCCUCGGCCAAGCAGAGGGCAGCGGGACCCUUGGCGAAGUCGUGGCUGGACGAGUUGCCAGUGGUCAAGUUCUCGAGCUUGGCCGAGCCAGCAGUAGUGCUGGUUGCGGUAACAGUCAUCUUGAUCUUGUCGCCCGCAUUGACGACAAAGUCGGUGAGCUUGAUAAGAUCAUUGGGGUACCACUCGACCCAGGGAGAAAAUGUGCCAUCGCCCAGGAUAUCAACACCAGUCUGGAGCAGAGCGCCAGUGGAGCAAGU